GAAUAAAAAUAAUUUCCCUUCCAGUCCUCUCCUCCCGCCCCUUCUUAUCUCUCUCGAAAGCCCCCCGUACCCUCCCCACAUCUCUCCCCACAAUACCCACACAAGCCGAACGCAUCUCUCUCUCUCUUCUUCUCUCGCUCGUCUCAACCCUAGAUAGAGGUAAACUCGCCGCCAUGCGGCGCUGACUCGCCCGAGUCCUACCGAUUUCCGCCGAUUCUCACCGGUUUUCGUCGUUUCCUCGCAGGUCUCACCAUGAAGGGGGGCAAAUCCAAGGCAAAAGCCGACAACAAGCUCGCCGUGAAGAAGAACGCCCCUGCGGUGAAGAAAUCUGCGAAAGCUACUAAAGCUGCUAAGGAUCCGAACAAGCCCAAGAGGCCUUCCAGUGCUUUUUUCGUCUUCAUGGAGGACUUCCGCAAAUCCUACAAGAGUAAGAAUCCGAACAACAAGGCAGUUUCUGAAGUCGGUAAAGCCGGAGGUGCAAAAUGGAAACAACUUUCAGAUGCCGAAAAAGCUCCUUAUGUGGCGGAGGCUGAGAAAAGGAAAAAGAAAUAUGAGAAGGACAUAAAAGAGUAUGAUAGAAGACAGGCUGAGGGUCCUGCAGAGGAGGACGAGGAAUCCGACAAGUCAAAGUCAGAGGUGAACGAUGAAGACGGAGAUGACGAUGAUGAUGAGAGCGGCGAGGUUUGUAAUUUUGAUCUGCUUUGUUUUAAGUGAAUUUUAUUAUUGUAACCACAUUAUUAUUUAUUGAUGAAUUACCUGUUCUUUGCCAGGAUGAGGACUCUGAUUAAAAGUACCCAGAAGAUUUGGUGAUUGGCAUCUUUGUGGUCCAUGAUGAUGAUGAUGUGUUCUAAAGUAUUUAGUGCUUCUUAGUUAAACUUUUCCUGAUUUUGUUUCUGGGAGGAAGGAGGGUUAGGUGGGGGGGAAGGGAAGGAAAGGAGGGAAAGGGUUUACUCUUUCUAGUGAAGUGAGCUCUUGGGUAAAUCCAUUGCUCCAAUGUACCUUAUUAUGAUAUUGAUGCUGAUUACGUUUUCAAUCCAUUUUUAUGCAUUUUAAUGAUAAUACCUGUGUUCUUGUAUCACUUUGAAUUAGCAUUCGAUCAUUUGGUUUGUGUCUUUGGUCAAUGAGAUUCAAGCAUGAUUUUAACCCUUGCCUUGUGCACACACCUUAGCUUAGUUCUAUUGG